AUGCUUGUCUACAAAACCUGGCUGGCCCUCACGACGCUGGCGACAAGUCUGGCGCGGUCGCAACCGCGCGAGUGCUACCCGUCGCGGAGCGAGCACAACUGCACGCUCUCGCUGCUGGCGGACCUGCAGAGCUACCGGCAGCUCAUCGGGCUCUGGGAUUCCGAGUGCCGGCGGAUCGGGGGCGUGGGCACCGACGGGCAGUGGGAGCCGGCGGCGGGCCGGUGGAGCAUCGGCGGGCGCGGGCUCGAGCACACGGUCGAGCUCGUCGUCACGCGCGACGGCACGCCGCAGCGGCCCGACGGCGGGUUCUGGUACGGCGGUCGCUGGUACUACCUCGACCAGGGCUGGCUUUACGACUGCGCGGACGCGGACAGGAGGACCGUAUGCGCGCAGGUGGAGUUUAGGUGCAAGGAAUUGUGA